GUUCCGUUUCCGCUUGCGCCGUCACGACCGGUGCGGGCUGCAGCCUAUGUCCUCCUAUCUAGCAGGAAACGCCGAAGAGACUGAUCUUGCCCGGUCACGGAGGCUUCAACUAGAUUCCAAGCCUUGCUGCCGCGGUUGGCGGGCCCAGGAGGUGCUGGCGUGAGCUUGCGAGACGACGAAGGUUUGCGCGCAAGCCUCUGGGAGAUGUAGUGCAGCGCACGAGCGCAGUCCCGGCGCGUGGUGGGGCAGCCUUUGUUUCGCGGGCCCCUGGUGACCUGGCCAACUGGGUGAUCCAGAACAGUCUAUCAUCAUGUCAGAUAACUAGCCUCCAUAACUUCUUCUUGCCAUGUAUAGUAACAGCAUAUAUACUCUGGGGUCACAAUAUGGACACCCUUGGGAGCCACUAUUCAGCUACCCACACUACCCUGACCUGUUUCUUUCAGGCUUGGAAACAAGGCAAGACACCAAACUGUCAGCCCUAAAACAAGGCAUCUCCAAAGAACUGCCCCACAGUGCUGUUCUGGUGGAAGGAUUUCUGUGGGAUGGCCUGUGGCCCAGGGUCAAGGACACAGAGGGCCCCUGCGUAUGGUGGCCUGGAUGCCUUGCGAGCCCACGCAUUCAGGUAACCUUUGUGCCAGCAGAGAUGCUCACACAGGCGUAGCAGGGGAAUGGACUUGGGGAUAACCUCAGUCUGAGCCCCAACCUCCCAGCUCAACCAAUGACUCCUGAGAGGCGCAGCCCACAUGUGUGGGGCACAUAUGGGAAAAGGGAUAAGCUGGACUCCAAGGUCAGUGCUCAGCAGAAAACUUACACAAAAGAGAAAUUCUAUAAAUGCCAGGAUUGUGGAAAGGCCUUCAGCCACAGCUCAGCACUCAUUGAACACCACCGAACACACACAGGAGAGAGACCUUAUGAGUGUCCCAUGUGUGCAAAAGGCUUCCGAAACAGCUCAGCACUUAACAAGCACCAGAGGAUCCACACUGGGGAGAAGCCCUACAGGUGUACUCAGUGUGGAAGGACCUUCAACCAGAUUGCACCCCUGGUCCAGCACCAGAGGACACACACAGGUGAGAAGCCUUAUGCGUGCGGCGAGUGUGGCAAGGCCUUCAGCUUCAGGUCCUCCUUCAGCCAGCAUGAGCGUACUCAUACGGGGGAGAAGCCUUACAUGUGCCAGGACUGUGGCAAGGCCUUCCGGCAGAGCAUCCACCUUACCCAGCACCUGCGCACACACACCGGUGAGCGACCCUACCACUGUGGGGACUGUGACAAGGCCUUCAGCCACAGCUCGUCCCUCACCAAGCACCAGCGCAUCCACACAGGCGAGAAGCCCUAUGCAUGCCGCGAGUGUGGCAAGGCCUUCACCCAGAUCACACCAUUCGUCCAGCACCAGAGGACACACACUGGGGAGAAGCCCUACGAGUGCAGUGAGUGCGGCAGGGCCUUCAGCCAGAGCACGCUGCUGACUGAGCACCAGAGGAUCCACACGGGGGAGAAACCCUAUGGGUGUCAUGAAUGUGGAAAGACCUUCAGCCACAGCUCUUCACUGAGCCAGCACGAGCGCACACACACGGGCGAGAAACCCUACGAGUGCCAGGACUGUGGCAAGGCCUUCCGGCAGAGCACCCACCUCACCCAGCACCAAAGAACACACACCGGGGAGAAGCCGUACAUGUGUGUCGAGUGUGGCAAGGCCUUCAGCCACAGUUCGUCUCUCACCAAGCACCAGCGCAUCCACACAGGUGAGAAGCCCUAUGCAUGCCACGAGUGUGGCAAGGCCUUCAGCCAGCUGGCACCUCUCGUCCAGCACCAGAGGACACACACUGGGGAGAAGCCCUACCAGUGCACCGAGUGUGACAGGGCCUUCAGCCAAAGCUCCCUCCUCAUAGAGCACCAGAGGAUACACACCAAGGAGAAGCCCUAUAGGUGCCACGAAUGUGGGAAAUCCUUCAGCCACAGCUCCUCAUUGAGCCAGCACAAGCGCACACACACAGGUGAGAAGCCUUAUGAGUGCCAGGACUGUGGCAAGGCCUUCCGGCAGAGCACCCACCUCACCCAGCACCGGAGGAUCCACACUGGGGAGAAGCCAUACAAAUGCAGAGACUGUGGCAAGGCCUUCGGCCACAGCUCAUCCCUCACCAAGCACCAGAGGACUCACACUGGGUAGACACACUCACCUGUGCUAGAGAAAAGGGGACGCUAUAAGCCAUAGUUCAUUGUAGUAGCCUUCUCUCACACACAUGCACACUUGUCAGACCCUCAGAAUCCAUGCUGAACAGGCAAGCGAGAUAACACUAAAGAACUUCAACCUUGAGUGCCCAUUAAUGUUACACUGUAGAACCUGGGAAUGGGAAACUGUAGAUGCGAACUGGUGAUGGCUUCUGUCCAGCCUUUACCAUAUUCUAAACCAGAGGUGUUUAUAAAGCAGUGAGAAUAUACCAAAUGCCUUUCACCAUUAAAAAGUGAUGUCAAAAUUCUCUGGUAGUGCAUAUUGUCUUCUCCAGACUCAGAGGUGCUUAAACAUGGGUCAAGUUCACUAUCUAACAGUAUGGCAGUGUUCCAGAAAUGAGUGCAUCUCCAUGAACUCACCAUGGAUGCAUGACUUAUCUCAGCACAAAACUGGUUCGUGUGUGAACUAUCUCAUCGGGUGUGGCAGCCAGUCCCAUAGAUCUGAACUUCAUGUGACACAGUACCAACAUGUAUGUAGAAUGUAAAUUUGUCUCGAUCAUUUUGCAA